AUGAACGUUAAUCGCGGACUUGAAGUGAGUCAGGCCGAGAAAUCGCUCCUCAUCCAGAGUCCACAGCCACUCGGAUUAUGAAAACCCGAUGCCCCUUUGUAGUCUGACAAAAGCGCUCUACCGGAUCGACUCCUUGACUUUGGAUUGAAGAACAAUCCAAAUUGAGCAAGAUCCUAACCUGAAGCAUUCAUUCCGGCACCCGUCACGUGACAAUGAGCCUCGAAGAGCCUUCCACAACGAUCCUUGUAUCGUGUAAGCAAACUCGCUUUCAUAUCGAGAAUCCGGUAUACCAAGAGCUCGACAUCGAAAGUCUAAACAUCACGGUCACCUCUGGUGGCAAGUCUGCGUCCAAAGCGAAAGGGAAAGCAAGGGCCGAGGGACUCGAGAUACUAUCAAACGCUAACCUCAAGCUCAAAGCUGGCGUUCAUUAUGCUCUGAUUGGACGGAAUGGGACUGGAAAGUCAACGAUUCUGAAAGCAGUUGCUGAAAAGCUUAUCCCUGGUAUCCCAAUUCAGACUAGAAUAUCUAUUUUGCAGCAGACAGCGACAGAUGGAUCGGCAGACGGUGAGAAAGCAGGCUUUUCGGUUCCAGCAGUCAGCUCGCAAACUCUGUUCUCCGUUCUCGAAGCUGUCAUUGAUAGAGCAACCUCAAGAAAUGAGAUCCAGCAAGAGAUUGACGUGUUGUCCAAUGCCAUCGACAAAUCAGAUACACCACUUUCACCUCUUCGUGCCUUUCGUCAAGUGCACCACAACCGACUUAAGAGGGAAGUCUUUGAACUUGACAAAGAUGCGAGGCUUCGGAGUGGAACUCGCGGUAUGGCAGCACGCAAAGCUCUGACUGCUUUUGAGAAAAAGGUUACUGAAUCAACAGAGAAACUCUCUCAAACGGAUGAAGAGAUAGACGAAGAUACCGUGAAAGAAGAGACGCAUGCAGCAACCGACCUUCUGGCUGAACUUCAGGCACAAUUAGAACCUGCUAGGCUGGCGAACAUUGAAGUCAAAGCUCGCAGCAUUUUGACUGGGUUAGGCUUCUCGAAAGCUCAAUUCGGAAAACCUGUCACGACACUAUCCGGUGGAUGGCGAAUGAGAACGAAUCUGGCUAGUGCUUUACUUCAGCCAACUGAUAUCUUGAUUCUUGAUGAGCCUACUAACUUUCUCGAUCUUCUUGGCAUCAUCUGGCUGCAGAAAUAUCUUCUCCGACUACGUGACGAUGGACCCAAUCCACCGACUCUCGUCCUUGUUUCCCACGAUCGAGACUUCAUUAACACUGUCUGUCAAGAGUUAAUCAUCCUCCGAGAUCACGACCUCACGUACUUUCGAGGGGAUCUGCCAUCUUACGAUGCCUCAAUUCGCGACAAGAAGCUGUACCUUGGACGUAUGAAAGAUGCUCAAGAAAAGCAGAAAGCUCACAUCCAACAAACCAUUGCUCAGAACAUCAAACAAGGAAAAGCGACGGGCGAUGAUAACAAACUCCGUCAGGCAAAGUCCCGACAGAAGAAAAUAGAUGAUCGUAUGGGAAUGGAGAAGAGUGCGACUGGAGGUAGAUUCAAACUAAAUCGAGAUUUAGCUGGGUAUCAUCUGACGGCCAGAGCUGAGAUUGAGAUUCCACAAGACGAGAAAGGGGUUUCAAUCAUGCUACCUGCCGCUCCAGAUUUGCGCUUCCCAGGUCCAUUGAUUUCCGUUGAAAAUGUUACAUUCAAAUACCCCACCUUGAAGAAAUCCUCGGCGCCUACUCCAGUAGUGCUCCAAGAUGUCAAUCUGACAAUCCACAUGGGAGAUCGCGUUGGUGUCGUAGGUCUGAAUGGCUGCGGAAAAUCUACAUUGAUCAAGCUCCUGACGGACACCACGAAACCCACGAAAGGAACAGUAACCCGACAUCCUCGACUUCGGAUGGGAUACUAUGCCCAACAUGCCGUGGAAGACCUCCAAGCUCUUGGACGUGCUGAACCAGAACUUACUGCUCUGGUACUACUCAUCAGAGAAGUCGGAACUGAGCUCGACGAAGGUGAAGUACGGGGUCUUUUGGGCUCGCUUGGUCUUCCUGGUCGUACAGCAUCUGAUGUUCCAUUGACCAAAUUAUCUGGAGGUCAACUCGUUCGUCUUGCUCUUGCAAGAUUGCUAUGGAAGAGUCCUCAGCUUUUGAUCCUUGAUGAGAUUACAACCCAUUUGGAUUUUCACACAGUGACUGCGUUGACUGAUGCGUUUGGGUCUUGGAAUGGGGCUAUCUUGGUGGUCAGUCACGAUCGGUAUAUGAUUCGGAGGGUGGUUGAAGGGGAGAAGGAUGACGAGGACAGCGAUGGUGGUAAUGAGAGAGAAGACGGGGAUGAGAGUAGGAGAAGAACCGUGUUCUUGCUGAAGAGUGGGAUAUUGAAGGUCCUUGAGAGGGGAGUAAGUGGAUUCGAGGACAGCUUAGAGAAGAGGGUUGAGAAGUUAUCUCUAGCAUGAGGAAGGGAACAUUGGUUGCUUCAGGAAGUCGA